AACAAUAAUUAUUAAACAUUAUAACAAUAAUUGAUGAUUAUUGUGUGUUUAUGAUUUCUUUGCAGAGUAUCGGAGAGCGAUUCGUCGUCACUGAACAGCGUGGAGUUGGAUGCGGCCGUGUACGCGGACAGUGACACGGGCCUGGAGAGCAUGAGCUCGGCCGAGACGCCCAACAAGGCGUGCAGUCUGUGUCUGGACGGAGGCGGCGGCGGAGGCGGUGGGGGUGGCGGGAUGGCCGGCGACGGGGGGCGGCAGACGGAGGCCCUGCGACAGGAAGUCACGCGGCUCAAGUGUGACAAACUCGAUCUCUUGCGACAGAAUGUGACUUGUCAGAGAGAUAUCAAGCGACUUCGAGAGAAGGAACUCCAGUUGCAAUCGGAUCUAGCUUCUGCCUCCAAAGAGAUUCUCAGGCUAAGAGAACUGCUGAAAGACUACACAACAGCCAAUGGUGAAGGUUCGCCAGUCUAGAUCAGUUACAAACAUUCGCUAGCCUCGACUAUACUUCACUUUUUCAACGCAUCUCAAAGUUCUUUGCUAUUCUGUAGAAAGGCUUCAAAAAAAUAUUGUCUCUUUGAUGUUCAUAUACAUUCGACAGUUAUUUCAAUAACCUAUUGAUAAAAAUCGACGUAAACUUCAUGCCAUGUCAAUCAGACCAAUAAUGUUCAUAUCUCCUCAUCGAAACCUUUGUUUUUGAACUAAUUUAGAGAUUUGUUAUAGAAUCGGCUGAAAUACUAUUCAAAAUGAUAACUAUAAUUGUGACAGAUUAGUGGAGAAGUGCGGAAAUUUUAUUCGUUUCAGAAACCUAAUAUGAUAUAAAUCUGUUCUCAUACUCUUAAUAUCAUCAGACUUGAACAAAUAAUAACACUUCAACCAUUCCAUUGUGGUUCAACUAACCAAACUUUGUGCAUGCACAUUUGAAUGUUGUGUGUCUAUUAAUUAUAAUACGAAUAAUAAAAUGUCGUGUAGAAAAGAACCCUUAAUUAGUAUUUGAUGUAUGGAAAGUAAAUAAUAGUUAGUUGAUUCCAAAGUUCUUUACAAUAGACGAAAAAUAUUGAAAAUAUCCCAUCCGAAAUUAUUAUGUGUAUCAAAAAAGUAACAUGGAAUACUGUAUCUCGUCAAUUUGAAUGUAGAUUCGAGUUAUAUGUAAUAGAUGUAUUAAAUUGGUGCAAUACCUAUUGAUAUUGUAUUACCUACAUAAAUCAAUGCCAUUCUUUUUCUCCAAGAAAUGUUUCUAUUGUAAAUAACAAGUCAACUGAAUUUAAUGUAUUCUAUGCUGUUCUCAGAAGUACUCAUAACUAUUAUGAAAAUAUCAGAACUUAUUCUGCUAUUGACUCAAUACCUGUAAAAAGAUGGUAAACAUCAUCUCAUCUUCAAGAAGUCUUAUUUUUCAAUUGUUUGACCCUGAUUGUAUAGACAUGGUGAUGGGAUUCAAAGAGCACCAAAGGAAUGUGGGUAACACUUUUCUACAUGAGUUACCAUGUAAUUUAUAUUAUUUAUUACUUAUUUUCUAAUUAACUUAUUGAAGUAACGUCUAUGAAAACAAUCCACAUUAAAGUUUGCAAUCUUGCCUCUUUGAUCAGUUGGUAUCAUUAAUAUUUUUUAAACAAUAAGUGCAUAUUGUAUACAGCUAUCAUAACUGUAUACCUACCUGAAUUUUCUCUAUUAUUAUUCGAUCUUUGAAAACAAAUACUGAGAAAAUAUCUUGUUUUAUUACUAAAAGUGUAUAUAGCUCUUGUCAGCAUUAUCAAUGCUAUUAACAUUAUCAGAAAACUAUUUUUCUAAAUCUGAUGAAUUUCUAUCUAUUUUUGUAGUCCUGAUAUUCAAACUAUUGAAAUGAAACCCUAUAAAAAUGCAUUCUUUACACUGUUCUUUGAACCUUUCCAGUUUCAAAUUUCCAUUAAACAAUAAUGCGAAUUCCAAUUUUACUUCCACCGACAAAAGUAUUAUAUUAUCAUAUACGAAAGGUUUUGAAUUUCGUAGCUUAUGUGAUGAAAAGUUCAUCGAAACUUUACAUUUAUGCUUUACAUAAUUUGUUAACUCUUAAUCGAUAUUUAUGGACAAUCUCUGAACUAGCCUCUUAUCUGCAUAAUAGCCAGUAUGUUUGUCAAUGUAUAAUUUGUAGAUUUAAAAUAUUGUAUUUCUUGAGCAAGUACCAAAGCUAACAUUCCUAGUGGUAAUCACAGGAAAUAAUUUUCAUUAUUUAUUAAUAAAAUUAUUAUUUCCGUUUGUUUUUGUAUAUAAUUUAUAGUUUAGUUCUUAUGUUCAUAGUUUGUAAAAUGCACUUUGUAAGAUAGUCUGUUGUAGUAUAAUAGUGGGGUCUAAAUAUGAUUUUUUACUGUUUGAAAAUGUGUUAACUUCAAGUUGGAAUAGAAAAUUGAGAAGGUUGAAUUUUAAAUUAGCAUUUUCGUUCCAUUCGACAGGAAAAAACACUUUUCUUCAUAAGUGCGUUUUAUUAGUAUUGGAGAGCAAUGACUUCCAUCUCUAAACCAACAACUAUUAUUUUUUUUAACAUUUAUACAUAUUAACUACAUUUUUAUUGAUCACACCUGUUUUUAUGGAAAAUAAACUUCUCUCGAAUGAGUACAGUUUUGAAAAUUGCUACUGAAUUGUCGAACUUGACUAUCUUCAGUUUAUAAGAGCAAUUCAAACUGUCUGUCCCAGUUUAAUCCCAAUAAUAUUCCAAAUUAUAAUACUGUAUUGAAUAUUAGAGUUUAGAAAGAUACAACUUCGAUGGUCGGUUUCGGAUAAGUCCACUGAAUCAAACGGUUUAUAUUACAAGUGGAAAUUUUGUUAUUUAUGAAUUUCUUGGAUGAAGAACAUUUUAUAACUAAUUAUAACUUUAUGAACCUUGAGAGUUUUUUGAACACUAUUUGAAAAUUUUUCAACUUUUAUUUCAAUUCAUUCAUUAUAAUAAUGUUCCAUUUGAGACAUAGUUUAUCUUCAUUGCCAGUAGGCUGCAAUCCCCAAUAUUGAGGUUUCAUUUUGUUAAGUUCAAUGAUGAUACGGAAUUUAAUGUUUAUUUUUCUAAAACAGUUCUGAGAUUUUCGGCAUAAAGAACUUAUAUUAGAAUGUCAUUGAUGAUAAUAUCAAUGUUCUAGUUAAAAUUGUACAAAUAAUAUAAAUAUAAGUGAAUAGCUUGGUGUUAUCCGACCUUUAAAAGGAGGAUUUAGAUUUGAAUUAGGUUUGUUGUUGAUGUUUGAGCUGGAAAACCUGCAAUGUUAUUGAUCAGAGCUGGUAGAUUGGAAUUAUUCAAGUUGGUUUAUGAUACAAAUUUAGAAAUCUGUGUUAUCAUCGUAGUGAUCUCAUUCUCCAUAAAUUAGGCACCUCUAUGAAGUAGCUUUCUUACUGAUUCAACAUUCAUUUAGUUAUUAACUAAAUUAGAGAUCUGAUAACUAUGAUAGUCAUGAUCUUCUGUAAGUGUAAACUACAGAAUAUGUUACAUGAAAAGGUAAAAUUCAAUGUUGACCACCAUUAUAUUUUAUUAUGUUCAAUUGCACAAAAUCUUGUAAAUACAAAUCAUUUAUCAAUAAAUUAUAAUUGAAAAUUA